AUGUAUACAACUUUGUCUCAAGAUCGUAUAUCUAAUAAACGAAAAAUCGAUGAUGAGUUUGAUACAGCAAAGAAUUACAAUCAUGUUCGACAAAAGAAGAAAAGUAACGUUUUGAUGAUGCGACAUCCACUUGGCAUCAAGCCUUGGGGAAAUUAUUAUGUUGACUCAAAAGAUCAAAGUAGAAAUUUCGAAGGAGAUCGUAGAGGUUCUAGUUUAGGAAAUUUAGCAAUCUUAACAGAUGAUUUAAUUCUAGAUAUUUUGGGAGCCUUAGAUGCUAAGGAUCUAUUAUCUUUGGGAUUAGCGAGUAGGGUAUUGUAUUGCUUCUCAACAUUUGACGAUUUAUGGAAGCAACUUACUAUACAAAAAUAUAAGGGAGAUUGGUGUUGGCAAGGAAGCUGGAGAGUAACCUUUUUAAAAAGAUCUUGCAGUGAAUAUAAUUUAGAUAUAUUUCUGAAACCUGCAAUACAUUUAACUGAUUUCUAUAGUGAUACUUUAUUUCAACCUUUUUUAUGUAGUUCUACGGGGAUGGAUUCGUACUUGGGAGUUGAAAAUAUAGAUCGACGAUCGAAUUUAGAGUUAGAGGAGUUUAUUAGAAAGUAUGCUAUACCCAAUAAACCUGUUAUUAUAACAGAUGUUGUAACAAAGUGGCCAGCAUUUGAAAAAUGGAAUAUGGAAUAUCUUGUAGAAAAAUAUGGAGAUGUUAUAUUUCGUGCAGAAGCUAUUGAUAUUAAAUUAAGGAAUUAUGUUGAUUACUGUAAAGAUACAAUGGAUGAAAGUCCUUUAUAUUUAUUUGACAAAGAAUUUUGUGAUAAGUGUGAUGGAAUUAUUGAUGAUUUUAGUAUACCAGAGUAUUUUGAAGAAGAUUUUUUUAAUAUAUUUGGAGAGAAUAGGCCCGAUUAUAGGUGGUUAAUCAUUGGACCGGCACGUUCAGGUUCAACGUUUCAUAAAGAUCCAAAUUCUACUUCUGCUUGGAAUGCUGUUAUAACAGGUUCUAAGAAAUGGAUAAUGUAUCCACCUGAUGUGUUACCUCCAGGAGUCUUCACUAGCGAUGAUGAAGCUGAAGUAACAUCACCGGUAUCAAUAAUGGAAUGGCACUUGAAUUUCUAUAAAGAAACACAAAAGCCAAAUUUACGUCCAUUAGAAGUAAUUUGUAAAGCAGGAGAGAUUAUUUUUGUACCUAAUGGAUGGUGGCACAUGGUCAUUAAUCUUGAGGAUUCUAUUGCUAUAACACAAAAUUUUGUUGGAACUUGGAAUUUAAGAAAUGUACUUUCGUUUCUUCGUGAUAAACCAUAUCAAAUAUCUGGUUUUUCGAAUUUAGUAUGGCCUAAUUGUGAGAAUAUUCAUGACGAUUUUUAUGAAAAAUUUAAGAAAUUUUAUCCGAAAAUUUUGAAUAAAUUGGAAUCGGAUGAUUAUGAGAAGAAAAAUGACAAGAGAUCAUCAUCGUUAUGGGAUCAAUUGAUAAAAUCGGAUAAUAAAGAAGAAAAAGAAAAGAAAGGUUUUACUUUUGGAUUUUUGGACGAAGAAUGA